UACAGAAAAAUAAUAAACUUGACAGAGAAACUGCUUUUCUGCACAGAUGGUUUCCUACCAAACUAUGAUCUAAACUCCUUACCAAGUACAGAAGGCGACACUGCCUCAGGUGUUGCCGGCCAACUCCAAUUCACAACAAAUGAGGCCAAGAAUUUGGAGAACGACCAGCUUUCUGCAAUGCUGAAAUCAUUGACGGACGAAAGUGCUAGGAAGGAAAAAGGCAAGCAGGUCUUGUCUAUAGAAGAUGAAGCAACUCAAAAAAAUGGUGAUGGCCGCUUGCAGAACAUUGUGGAGUCAUCAUCUGCAGCCAUUUCUACACUGUACAACAAAAACAAAGAGUCUGGCAGGGGAGGCGACAGAGGGAUUGAUCUGAAUAAGACGCCCCAACAGAAACCACCCAAGCGAAGAAAACACAGGCCCAAGGUAAUUGUUGAGGGUAAGCCCAAAAGGACACCAAAACCUACAACUGCAAAGAAUACAGAGUCUAAGGAGACCCGACUGGAAAAGAGGAAGUAUGCAAGAAAGAAUGUCCAAAAGGAAUCCCCAAGUCAAUUGGCAGAGGUAACACAGGAGACAACAGGCCCUACUGCUGGAAAAAGUGCAAAAUCAUGCAGAAGAGUUUUGCAUUUUGAUUUGGAAAAGACCGUGGAUGAAAACCUAUCCAGAGAAAUUGGUCAGCAAGAGAACAAGAGGACUUUUGAUUUGAAUUUUGACUCUCAAGGGACACAUGCGGGCACUGAAAUGAACCAGGUUUUGACUGAAAAGGCAGCUGAGCGAAGUGUCCUACUGAACGAAUUGAUGGUAGAUAAGCAUACACCAAGCACUAAGAGGAACCCUUUCCCUUCCAUGAGUCUUAUGCCAAAUAACCAUACAUUCCGGCCAGAAAGCCAAGCAUCUGCAUCCCUGCUUGCUACAGCAAAAGACAUACAUCUGAAAAACUCGCAUGUCAUGAGGAGACGUACAGAGACUGCAAAUUCUGAUCUAUGCCAGAGAAAAUGCAGAGAUGAAAACAUUCCUGUGCAGCAACAUACCCAUGCUGAAGGAAUAGGCCAAGAUGUCAUUCGAGCAGAGCUUAGAUAUGAAAACCUUCAGAAGACUAAAGAAAAUGUCAACCAAGGUGAUUCUUUACUAAAAAUUCUCUCCCUUCCAAGUGAAGGAAGAGGAUCCAAGAGGGAAUUUUUUCAAACUGCUGAGCACCCUUGUCGUUCUACCAACAAUCCACCAAGUUCACUGUCAUUCCAAGAGAUAUUUCAAUUGGAUAGAAUUCAGAAAAACAGUGGCACUCCCAGCAAAGAUUGUUCAGGAAGUCGUAAGAAGAAGAAAGUUGAGAAUGGACACUUGAGCAUCAGUAAUAUGCCUAGUAAAGUUACGGCAGUUGAAAAGUGUCUGGGAAAAGUUGAUAGAACAGGGGAAAAUAAUGUCAAUUCAAAUGGAUUUGCAUCGAAGAACCAUACAAUACUGAGUUCUUACUUUGAAAAUAACAAAAUGAUUGACAGGGAGAACAAAGGGAUCAGCAAGUUUACGACUGACAGGUACGCCCACCCCAUCACUUCUGGGAAUGGUUUUCUACAUCGGCCAAUCUCAUCCAAAUCAAAUUCAUGCCAAGGUUCCACUCAAGUUCUUAGCUUUUCCACCCAUUCACCAAGUCAAACAUUUAACCAACUAGCCUCAUCACCUCCUAAAAAAUCCUUUCAGCUAGAAACCAAGCUGGUAUCUCAUGAUAAUAUGUCAGUAAAGAAGCAGGCUGGGGGAACUACUGUAUCGAAAAUUUCAUCAGGUACAGAUAAAGUCCAGCAAGAGAAGGAUGCCUCGUAUGAUUACCAGCAACCUUCUGCAAUAGCAAUUGGUACUUUCCAUCAUAAGGAACCCUUAAACAAUGACACUCUUGAUUUUGAUGCAGGGUUUCCAAUAAGAACAAAAAGUACAAUACCGAUAGAUGAUAUCAUACAUCAAUUUAAUGGUCUCAACCUCAAUGGAAGCUGCAGCGAAAUUCUAGAGCAGGAGAAUGCACUUGUUCCUUACAAAGGAGAUGGUGCAAUUGUUCCCUUUAAAGGUAUUAUUAAGAAACGUAAGUCGCGGCCGAGAGUAGAGCUUGACCCAGAAACAAAUAGGAUAUGGAAUCUAUUGAUGGGCAAGGAGGGAAGUGAAGGUGUUGAAAGAACAGAUAACGAGAAGGAGAAGCAUUGGGAAGACGAAAGAAAGAUUUUCCAAGGACGAGUUGACUCAUUCAUUGCACGCAUGCACCUUGUUCAAGGAGACAGACGUUUUUCAAAAUGGAAGGGAUCAGUUGUUGACUCGGUGAUUGGAGUUUUCCUUACCCAGAAUGUUUCAGACCAUCUAUCAAGCUCUGCCUUCAUGUCAUUGGCAGCACGGUUUCCGCUUCAGUCAAGCAAUCACCAAGCUCCACACAAGGUUGGAACAAACAUCUUGGUUAAAGAACCAGAAGUUCGAAUGACAAGUCCAGAUGAUGCCACCAAAUGGCAUAAAGAUGCAUCAAGUCAACCAAUCUACUGCCAGAUUUCUAGGACACUCCAUGAAUCUGCAGAAAAUCAGAGAGACAGUGAGAACUCAUUGACAGAAAGGAAUUUAGAUGAGGCACAUAGCCAAUGUUUUGAGGAAGAAUUUGUAUCGUCUCAAGAUUCUAUUGAAUCCUCAGUCACUCAAGGAGCUGUAGGAAUCAGGUUGUACCAAGUGUCCAACUCAGAAACAGAAGAUCCUAUCACUGGAUGCCAGCCCAACAAGAUUCCCAUUUCCAUUUCAAUGUAUCAACAAAUGGAGAAAGCGACCAUGUUUCAGGACUUUUACCGUCAAGUAAAUGGAAGCUCACUAUUAGAUGAUGGAUUCAAGAAUGCACAAAUGGAAUAUUCACAGAUAAAGACACGAUUAGACAAAAUCAUUCAUCUCACUGGCAGUUCUUUCACAAAUCCAAUCAAUCUUGACGACGAAAAUAUCCAAGUACCAGUUGUUCCUUCCAGCAACAAUCAAUUGCACAUGUACCCAAAUUCUGGAGAGCCAGAGCCAUGGAGAUUUGGAAAUUUCAGUGAGGACAGCAUAUCCUCUUGGCCUUCAACUGCUUCCAGGUUCAAUAUUGAACAUGACAAGUACAAGAACUUAAGAAAUGAAGAACUGUUAGGAAGUGUUGUUAAUUCCUCUAUGCAACAGAAUGGUCUGAGGAGAUCUCAAGAAAUGCCACCAGUGGACCCGUGUGCAUUGUUCAGACAGCACUCAAUAGACCUGAAAAACAGUUCUGAAACAAGGCCAAGCACUGGGCAUAAUCCUUCCGACUACAGUCAUCAACGAAAGGGGAACCUAACCUUCCAAUUAGAAAACACGUCGGUCAGAGAGCCUGAAAACCAUGUUGAAUCACUUCAGAUAAAUAAGAGCGUUAGCAUGCAGCAUGUUGAAAAUGUCGGUGAUCUCAGUAAAAAAUCUUUCAAUGUCGUUGACAGUAGGCAAAUACACAUGAAAAAUCAAUCAAUUGAUUCAAAUGUACAGGAGCAACCAUAUUCAUAUGGUCAGUCACAAAAUGAGACAAGUAAAAAAUCUUCAAAAAGAAGAAAAGGAAAGGCUGACAGUGAGAAAAAGAACGAUGUUAACUGGGACAUCCUGAGAAAGCAGGUGCAGGCCAAUGGUAGGAAAAAGGAAAGAAAUAAAGACGCAACGGACUCACUGGACUAUGAAGCACUAAAAAAUGCUAAAGUAAAAGAAAUUUCUGAGGCAAUCAAGGAGCGAGGGAUGAACAUCAUGCUAGCGGAACGGAUCCAGGAAUUCCUAAACCGACUGGUUAGAGAACAUGGAAGCAUCGAUCUGGAAUGGUUAAGAGAUGUUCCUCCUGAUAAAGCAAAGGAUUAUCUAUUAAGCAUACGAGGAUUGGGAUUGAAAAGUGUGGAAUGCGUCCGGCUUUUAACACUUCACCACCUUGCUUUCCCGGUUGACACUAAUGUUGGAAGGAUAGCAGUAAGACUGGGAUGGGUCCCCCUCCAACCCUUACCUGAAUCGCUUCAGUUACACCUCCUAGAAAUGUACCCAAUGCUGGAGUCAAUUCAAAAGUAUCUAUGGCCAAGAUUAUGCAAACUUGACCAACGAACGCUUUACGAGCUGCACUACCAGAUGAUUACAUUUGGAAAGGUUUUCUGCACAAAGAGUAAACCAAAUUGCAAUGCAUGUCCAAUGAGAGGAGAAUGCAGACACUUCGCAAGUGCUUUUGCAAGUGCAAGGUUUGCCCUGCCAGGUCCAGAAGAGAAGAGCAUUGUGAGUUCAAGUGUUCCAAUUGCAGCUGAGAUAAACCCUACAUUAGCUGUCACCCCCAUGUCACUGCCUCCACCAGAAAUCAACUCAUUCCAGAUAGCAGGUGCUGAGAUUAACAACUGUGAACCGAUCAUCGAAGAACCAGGAUCGCCAGAACAAGAGUUCACUGAGCUAUCACAAAGUGACAUUGAGGACUUGUUCUAUGAGGAUCCUGACGAGAUUCCAACCAUCAAACUCAACAUGGAACAGUUCACAUCGACAUUACAGAACUAUAUGCAAGAGAAGAUGGAGCUCCAAGAAGGUGACAUGUCCAAGGCUUUAGUUGCCUUGACUUCAGAAGCUGCUUUUAUUCCUACACCCAAACUAAAGAAUGUCAGUCGACUACGAACAGAGCACCAAGUGUAUGAACUACCAGAUUCACAUCCACUCUUAAAAGGGAUGGACGGACGGGAACCAGAUGAUCCAAGCCCUUACCUUCUUUCUAUAUGGACACCAGGUGAGACUGCAAAUUCAAUUCAACCACCAGAAAGCAGGUGUGGCUCCAAAGACCAACACAAAUUGUGCAAUGAGAAGACAUGUUUUUCAUGUAAUAGUAUAAGAGAAGAAAAGUCACAAACAGUCAGAGGGACGAUUCUGAUACCUUGUAGAACAGCAAUGAGAGGGAGCUUUCCACUCAACGGCACAUAUUUCCAAGUUAAUGAGAUGUUCGCAGAUCAUGAGUCUAGUCACAACCCAAUUGAUGUUCCAAGGGGGUGGAUAUGGAAUUUGCCAAGACGGACCGUAUACUUUGGAACUUCUGUAUCAACAAUAUUCAGAGGUCUAUCAACAGAGGGAAUUCAAUACUGCUUUUGGAGAGGAUACGUGUGUGUGAGAGGAUUUGAAAGAAAAACAAGAGCACCGCGACCCUUAAUGCCCAGACUGCAUUUUCCUGCAAGUAAGUUGACCAGGACACAAAAUGAAGGGAACAAACAGCACUGACCACAGUGCAAAGAAGAUUUUCAUCAGAUGUACAGAAGCCUACUGACUCUGUGAGAAGAACAAUGACUAACAAAUUCUAUUGCUUUCAAUUAUUCAUCCUCUAGAAUGAGAAUUCAUUAUAUGACAGGCAGCAGCUGAUAGCAAGUAUCAUGUGCAAUAUGUGAGAUUCGUGAUCAGAUCGUAGUCUGUAUGUACAUUACUAUUUUUUUCAAUAAAUGCCCAAAAAGGAGCAAUCCUUCCAAAACAGUGCAACAUUAUCACUGCCCAAAUGAAAAAAAAAAAAAAAAAAAAAAUACUCUUUGGUGGUAAU